AGGUGGUCAGCAGGCACUGUUCUUUCCCGGAAUUUCGCUCUUUUUUCUCUCCUUGUGAAUUUUUCGCAGGGGAAGCGAUUUCAGCUAUAUCAUUUUUACUAACUAAAUAGAAGACUGGACCCUGCAAUGAUUGACCUGGAGCAUAUUGAAGUCGAUGUUGUCGGGAUGGACAUAGAAAUUGAAGAAGAGUCUCAGGAAGCGCCUCUUCCGAGGAAGCGGUCGAAAAAGUCAAAGCACAAGAAGCACAAAAGAGACUCACGGCCCGUAGAAGAAUCGGACAGCGACCUGGACGUACAGAUCCAAAAGCCUAAGAAGGUUGCGCCCGUGAAAAAAGCGGCGGUAAAGAAGGCAGAGCUUCCGGCCGUUCUGGAGCCGGUGCGAAUCUCUGAACGAACUCCAAAGCCCUCUUUGAAAAUGAAAGAAGCAGAGUCAAGCGCCCAGAUGGAACGGUCUUUUGAAAAGGCGCACAAGUCAUCUCCUAAGCUGAGGGAAGCCGAGCUGGACCAGUUUGAACCAUCAAGGACCUCGGAGAGAACGCCCAAGCCGUCGCUGAAACUGAAAAUCAAGCUUGCCGAAGCAGCUGAGAGCAGUUUGGCGAAAAACAAGUCGCCCAGCAAGAGCAGCGAAAAGUCGUCUCCGAGUCUUGCCACAAGCGUAAUUGGCAGCCAGAAUGUUCCCAGUCCAGGGUCGGCCAAAAUGCUGGCGCCUGGAAGUAAGAAAAAGAAGGGCAAGGGCAAAGACAGCUCCUCGGACGAAGAACGAUGGCUCGAUGCCAUCGAGUCAGGAAAACUUGAAGAGGUGGAUGACGAAUUGAAGAAAAUAAAGGAUCCAAAAUUGAUGACAGCGAGACAGAGGGCCAUGUUCGAAAAGAAAAGCGACUUCCCCGGCGAAGAGCUGCCGUUGAUGGCCCUCCCUUCGGGCUACAAGGAAAAGGUUAUCACCGAGGAAAUGAUGCAGAAGCGGGCCCUGAAGCUGCAGCGCCGGAAGCAGCAGGCCGAGGAGAAGAGGGAGAAAGAUAAGAAAAUGACGAUGGACAGGCUGUUGAAGAAACAGGCGUCCAAGGCGAACAGGCCAGUCACCAAAAAGAGCAGCAACUUCUCGCAAGAGCCGCUGCUGCUGAUGGUCAACAACGAAAACGAAACCACCAUCAGCUUUCCACUCGGAAUGCAAUGCCCAAUUCAAGAAUCAAAGCCAAAACCACUGCCACCACCUGCCGCGAAGUGUCGCGUUGAAGGGUGCCAGAACAGGAAACGGUAUUCGUGCUCAAAAACUGGAGUUCCCCUGUGCAGCAUCGAAUGCUACAAAACCAACCUGGCCAUCAACGGACUUCAGUAAUCGUUGCUUAUACCUUUUUUCUGACGCUGAUCUCCAUUUUAUAGUAGAAAAAAAUUGUUUUCUUUUUAACCGAGAAUGUAAAAAAAUAUUCACUUUCAUCAUCAGUCUGUAAAUAUAUGUAAAUCUCAGUAAAUGUAUUUCACUUUUCCACACUUUCAUUAAAGUUAACUUAUUUUGAUA